GCCUUGGCCACUUCCUCCCAGGCUUGCGGCAUUCUCAGCAGUUCCCCUUCCUGGAGCCGGACGUUCCACUCCUGCUGGCCAGUCCUUAUCACCCACCCGCAGCACCCUGCAUAUGCCCUUCAGGAUGCCGGAGCUCAUCUCCGUCCAAGACUUCAUCUCCCAGACACUGGAGGAUCUGAGCUCCCCAACCACCUCCUCCUUCACCAGCCACAUGAGCAAGUGCCGAGGCACCGUCUGCAGCCUGGAGGAGGCCUUGGAUUCUGAUCGAGCUGUACUGCAGAAAAUGAGGAAAGCCACCAAAGCAGAGCAUGCUUCUGGACAAGAUCUCGCUUGCCACAUAGAAGCUCAUAUUGCAGCCCAGGAAAAAUUCUCUGCAAACUACCAGAGUGAUGGUGACAAGCAACUGGCCAGUGCCUUCACCUCCUUUGCCGAGUUCUCCCGGAAGCUGCUGGCCCCAGUCAAGGGUCUGUUGCAGAGCUUGUCUCAUAACAUUAACUUUUCCCUGGACUCGCUGGUAAAGAGAGAUUUAAAGGAGCUCAAAGGGGACUUCAAAAAGCCUUUUGACAAAGCCUGGAAAGACUAUGAGAAUAAACUCACAAAGAUUGAGAAGGAGAAGCGGGAGCUGGCGAAGCAGCACGGGCUGGUGCGGAGCGAGGUGGUAGGAGGGGAGAUCGCUGAGGAGAUGGAGAAGGAGCGCAGGAUGUUCCAGUUAAAUAUGUGUGAGGAAAGAACUGAAUUGAAAAACAACCCGCCACCCAGAAGGAAAGAGAAACCCCAGCCCUACCAUGCGGUUUGCUGCCCAGCACUCUGCUCCUGUCUUCUAGCCCUGCCUCUCCUGGAGUUGUAUCUGAUCAAAGUGAAUGAGAUUCAAACCAAGAAAGGAGUGGACUUGCUGCAGAACCACAUCAAGCACUGCAAUGCUCAGUUCAAUUUUUUCCAGGAAUGUUUAAAGGCAACAGAGACACUUAAGCAGUUUAUAGAGAAGCUCACCCCUGAGCUACAGAGCAUGAAGGUCAGGCAGGACAAGGAGAAGCAGCAGCUGUGCUCCCUCCGGGAUCACCUGAAAACAGCAUUACAACUGGAGCAGAAAGAGGACUCUGCUAGCAAGCAGCUACGGUAUAACAUGCACCAGCUGCAGGGGAACAAGCAGUAUGGGACCGAGAAAUCGGGGAACCUCUUUAAGAAAAGUGAUGGGUUGAGGAAGGUCUGGCAGAAGAGGAAGUGCACGAUCCAGAAUGGGUACCUGACCAUCUUUCACAGCACGCUAAACCGCCCACCGGCCAAGCUGAAUUUGCUGACUUGCCAAGUGAAGCCGAACCCGGAUGAUAGGAAGUGCUUCGACCUCAUUUCACAUAACCGCACGUACCACUUCCUGGCGGAGGACGAGCAGGAAUGCACCGCCUGGAUUUCUGUUCUCAGCAACAGUAAGGAGGAGGCUCUGAAUGUGGCCUUCAGCCAGGUGCAUGGCAGUCGAGAGAGCAGCAUGGAGGGGCUGACCAGGGCCAUCAUCGAGGAGAUCAAGUGCAUGCCAGGGAACAGUGUGUGCUGCGAUUGCUCAGCCCCAGACCCAAGCUGGCUCUCCAUUAACCUGGGCAUCCUGAUCUGCAUCGAGUGCUCCGGGAUUCACCGAGAGAUGGGCGUGCACCACUCCCGCAUCCAGUCGCUGUCUCUGGACAAGCUUGCAACUUCCGAGCUCUUGCUGGCUAAGAACAUUGGCAAUUCUGGUUUUAACAACAUUCUGGAAGCCAACCUCCCCAGCUGUUUGCUGAAGCCCACAGCCAGCAGUGAUAUGGCCCUUCGGAAAGAUUUCAUCAUCUCCAAGUAUGUCAAGAGGAAAUACGCCAAGAGAAGCUCUAGGAGCCCAGCUGCCCAGCGCCAGGAGCUACAGGAAGCCAUCAGGUGGAGGGACUUAUUUGCAUUGCUCCAGGCCUAUGCCGAAAAGGUGGAUUUAAGUGAGCCUGUUCUGGAGCCUGUACAGGAACCCGGGGAAACUGUUCUCCACCUGGCAGUGUUGUUAGCUGACCGAACCUCUCUACACAUUGUAGAUUUUCUGGUGCAGAACAGUGGGAGCCUUGUGAAGCAGACAGUGAAGGGAAACACACCGCUUCAUUACUGCUGCCUCCACAAUAAACCCGAGUGCCUCAAGCUCUUUGUGAGAGCCAAAGCCAGCAUUGCCAUCACCAAUGAAGCUGAAGAGACAGCCCUGGAUGUGGCCAGGUGCAUGAGACACUCGCUAUGUGAAGAACUGCUGCUGCAGGCUCAAAACAAUCAGUUCAACAUGCGUGUUCACGUGGAAUAUGAGUGGCGGCUGGGCCAGGAUGACAUGUAUGAGAGCGACGAUGAUCUGGAUGAGAAGUUGGGUUCCCCGAAGGAGUGUAUUCCCCACCCUCAGAGCUACUACCAUUCACCUGCUACUGCCUCCCAGCCAUGGGGAAAUGCAGCAGGGCUUUCAAAGGGUGCAAUUCCAGCCCCCCAGGGGAAAUUGCAUGACAUCUAUGCACGCCCUCAUUCCCACACUCGUGACAUACCAGCAGCCCCUGGCUCUGCUUCAUGUGUGCCGCCUCUUCCACCACGCAGUGUAAUCCAAGCUCCCAUCGUGCCCCUGCCCGCUUCUCCUGCCAUUGCUGUGGACCCUGGAGUAAGGAAGAUCCUGUUGCUACCUCUGAGCAUGAAGCACAAACGAACCUCAUCGGAUCCUGCGCCCUGGGUGCCGUUCAGCCCCAUGCAGCCCAGCCACGGCAGCCUGGCUCCAGAUUCUGGAUCCUUCUCACCUCCCAGAGGCCAUUCUGCAACAGGAGCCCCUCCCAGGAGACUGAGCACCGGAUCCCGCCAGGUCACCAACCACUCCUCCACCAAGGACAUGACACAGCCUGCUGCCCUGGAGACAGUGGAGACACUCUGUGAGGCCGGCCCCAGCAAAGGAAGAAGCCAUGGGCUGCCGUGGACCUCGCAAGAUCCAGGUGGAGGCCCUGGCCCAGCACAGGACGUGCCGCCCCCUCUCCCAAGUAGGAACACCCUGAGUAAACCGCACUUCUUCCGGGUCCGAGCACUGUAUGACUGUCAGGCUGACCGUGAGGACGAGCUGACCUUCCAUGUGGGAGAGACCAUCAUCGUGGCCGAAGAGGAGGACUACAAUUGGUGGAGCGGCUGGAUUGAAGGGCAGCCCCACAGGAAAGGCGUCUUCCCAGCAUCGUUUGUUCAUGUGCUGAGUGAAUAGGACCUGGAUGGCUGACAGAAGAAAGAGCAUCUCAGCCGCUCGAAGUGCAGAUCCCCCAGACUCCCUGUUUUCAGCAGGCUUCCUGCAGACAACACACUUGGCAAGCUUGUGCUGUUUCAUCUCUUGUGCCUUGUCACUCUCACCUUCAGGCCCGCAGCAAGUGGUUCUGCCCAUGGGGCCCAGAGCAGGGCUUGGAGGAGUCAGGUCUGUGCCUCUCUCCUGAAUUGCAAUCAAGUAUCUUAUUGGGUGUCUUUGAGUCCUGGUUUCAGCUCCAGCUGUUCAGUGUGCUGGCUCCCCCACAGCAGUGAGGCACUCACUCCUGCAUGGUGUUGGCUGGGAGUGGCCAAAGCUGGGAGAAUGCCACUUUAGGGACACCAGAGUUUGGGGCCUGUUUUAACACGGGAUAACUGACUGCUGAUUAACUGGAUAGUAAAUGCCACUCUAGACACACCACAGAUGUCUGUUCCACACUCAGCCCUAGUGUCCAGGUUAACAUCCACUCUCCUCUCAAUUAACGCGAGUUAACUCAGAUUCAAACAAGUCCCAAGCCCCAUUCCAGUCAAACCCGUCCACUAUCCAAGUCAGGGAGCUGCCCAAAACAGGCUUCUUUCCACUCUCCCAUUUGAACCAGUCAUUCAGCUGGGCAGCCACUUUGACACCCAGACCCAUAGAAACUGCACCAGCUCCUGUCUGUGUGUUUCUGCUCCAGUGCUACGUCCAGUGGGAGCUGGAGCCUAGCUAAGGGUAAGGCAUUUUUGCUGGCCCUGUUCAGAGCCCUCUUUCCACUAAAGCUGCCACUGCUGGAAUCACUGGCAGAGCUGUGCUGGGACAGAAAAACGCUGAUCAAUGUUCCCAGUGGCCAGGGGCAUGGGACAGGAGAGAGCUCAUAAACCUUAAGGCCAGAAGGGACCACUGUGAUCAUCUAGUCUGAUCUCCUGCACAUCACAGGCCACAGACCCUCACCCACCCACUCCAGUAAUAGACCCCUAACCUCUGGCUGAGUUACUGGCGUCCUCAAAUCAUGAUUUGAAGACUUAAAGGUACAGAGAAUCCACCAUUUACACUCGUUUAAACCUGCAAGUGACCCGUGCCCCACAUUACAGAGGAAAGCAAAAAACCCCAGGGUCUCUGCCAAUCUGACCUGGGGGAAAAUUCAUUCCCAACCCUCAAAUGUGGUGAUCAGUUAGACCCUGAGCAGGUGGGCAAGACCCACCAGCCAGACACCUUGGAAAGAAUUCUCCGAAGUAACUCAGAACCCUCACCACCUAGUGUCCCAUCACCAGCCAUUGGAGAUAUUUGCUGCUAGCAUUCGCAGAUCGGCGACAUGCCAUUGUAGGCACUCCCAUCAUCCCACCCCCUCCAUAAACUUAUCAAACUCAGUCUUAAAACCAGUUAGGUAUUUUGCCCACACCUCUCCCCUUGGAAGGCUGUUCCAGAACUUCACUCCUGUUGAUUAGAAACCUUUGUCUAACUGGAACCCUAAACUUAUUGAUGGCCAGUUUAUAGUCAUUUGUUCUGGUGCCAUCAUUAGCCCUUAACUUACAUAACUCCUCUCCCUUCCUGGUAUUUGUCCUUAUGUAUUUAUAGAGCACAAACAUAUCUCCCCUCAGCCUUCUUUUGGUUUGACUAAACAAGCCAAGUUCUUUGAGUCUCCUCUCAUAAGGCAUCAAUCCUCUGAUCCUCCUAGUAGCACUUUUCUGCACUUGUCCCAAUUUGAAUUAAUCUUUCUUAAACAUGGGAGACCAGAAUUGCACACACUAUUCCAGAGGAGUUCUCACCAGUGCCUUGUAUAAUGGUACUAACAUUUCCCUGUCUCUACUGGAAAUACCUCACCUGAUCUUCUUUGAGAAGAUAACUGAUUUUUUAGACAAAGGAAAUGCAGAUCUAAUCUAAUUCUUUUUUACAGGCUAAUGCAGCCACAUCACAUUGGCAGUUCAUAGUCAUCCUGUGAUCAGCCAAUACACCCAGUUCUUUCUUUCCAAGGUGUCUGGCUGGUGGGUCUUGCCCACCUGCUCAGGGUCUAACUGAUCACCACAUUUGAGGGUUUGCACUAUCAUAUUUCAUCCUAUUUUUAUUACUCCAGUUUUCAAGGUCCUCCAGAUCUUCUUGUAUGAUAUUCUGGUCCUCCUCCAUAUUGGCAAUACCUCACAACUUUGUGUCAUCUGCUAGUUUUAUUAGUGCACUCCCACUGUGCCAAGGUCAUAAAUGAAAAUGUUAAAUAAGAUUGGUUCCAAGACUGAUCCCUGAGGAACUCCAUUAGUGACCUCCUUCAAGCCUGACAGUUCACCUUUCAGUAUGAUCCAUUGUACCCUCCCCUUUAACCGGUUCCUUACCUUUCAAUUCUCAUAUUAAUCCCAUCUUCUCCAAUUUAACUAAUAAUUUUCCAGGUGAAACUGUAUCAAAUGCCUUACUGAAAUCUGGGUAGAUUAGAUCUGCAUUUCCUUUGUCUAAAAAAUCAGUUAUCUUCUCAAAGAAGAUCAGGUUGGUCGGGUGCAAUCUAACUUUUGUGAAAUCAUGUUCUAUUUUAUUCCAAUUAUGGUUCACCUCUAUGUCCUUAAUUACUUUCUCUUUCAAAGUUUGUUCCAAGACCUUCCAAACUAACAGGCCUAUAGUUUCCUGGAUCACUUUUUUCCCUUUUAAAAAAAUAGGUACUAUAUUAUCAAUUUUCUAGUCAUAGGAUACUGCUCCUGAGUUUAUGGAGUCAAUUAAAAUUGUUAUUAUUGGGCUUGCAAAUUCAUGUGCCGGUUCCUUUAAUAUUCUUGGGUGGAUAUUGUACAGGCCCCACGAUUUGGUCCCAUUAAACUGUUUGAAUUUGACUUACAUCUUGGAUGUGGUGAUUUCUGCUUCUGUCUCCCCAUUCCAAUUAGCCACCCUGCUACUACCCCUAAACUCUUCAUUACCCUUCGCAAAGUAUUUGUUUAGGUGUUGGGCCAUGCCUAGAUUAUCUUUAAUUUCCAUUCCUUCCUCAGUACUUAGCGGUUUCACUUCUUCUUUCCUUGUUUAAUUUCUUUUAUUUAUAUGGCUAUAGAACCUUUUAUGAUUGGUGUUAAUUUCCUUUGCAAGGUCCAAUUCUGCUUGGCUUUUUGUAGUUUUCACUUUUUCCUUACAUUUUCUGAUCUCCAAGAGGUAGCUUUCCUUGCUGAUCCAUCCCAUCUUCCAUUCCUUGUAGGCUUUAUGCUUUCUUUUACCUGUUUGAGAAGCUUGUUCAUCCCAUUUGGUCAGCAACCCUUCCCUACAAAUUUUUUCCCCUUGCUCGGGAUUCAGGCUUCAGAUAGGUUCUGCAACUUCGAUUUAAAUUAAUUCCAAGCUUCCUCCACAUUCAGAUCCUUGAGUUCUUCAGUCCAGUCCACUUCCGUAACUACUUCCCUUAAUUUUUUAAAUUUAGCUCUUUUGAAAUCAAAGACCCUAGUUGCAGACCUAUAUUUGUUGAUCCUUUCAUUCAGUUUAAACUGAAUUAACUCAUGACUCAAACCAAGAUUAUCUUCUACAGCCUGUUCUUCUAUGAGGUCCUCACUACUCACCAAUACUAAAUUUAAAAUGGCAUCAUCGCUUGUUGAUUCAGUCUGAAGAAAUCUUUCAUCUAUCACUUCCAGGAAAAUCUGGGCCUACCACUCGUCCUCCAGUCUAUAUCUGGAAAAUUAAAGUCUCCCAUAAUCACACAACUCCCAGUGGUAUUUGUUUCAUUAAAAAUAUUAAAGAGGUCUCUAUCCAUAUUCAAAUUGUAUCCUGGGGUCUGUAGCAGACCCCAAGCACUCUCCCAGUGGAGCCUGUUAUCUUUCUUCCCCCAAAGUGAUUUUGAGCCAAACUGACUCAUCCAUUCCAUCACUUCUAAUUUCCUUACAGUCUGCCUCACCAUUACCAUACAAUGCUACUCCACCUCCUUUGCCUUUAGUUCUGUCUUUCCUGAACAGCAUGUACCCUUCACUACCUGUACUCCAGUCACGACAACCUUCACUACCUGUACUCCAACUCUACUGUUUGGAAGUUAAAGUAGGUACCCCAGAAUCCAUGGAAACAAGUGCAUCUAAACUGGGGAUCAUCCUGGGUUCAGCUCCCUCCUCUCCAAGAAUUUAGCCGGCACUCACUUGGCACCACGGGCAAGCCUCUCCUGCAGGGCUGGUGCUCUCUGAACUGGAGAAGAUUCAGAGAAUUGCUCCAUCCUUUGCUAGAAGCUCUGGAACAGUGCUGAGGCCAUGAGCUUCUGGGGUGUGACCCAGUCACCAGUAAAUACUGACUGUCCACUACUAGGUCUCACAGAAGGAAGGAAUGUUCCAGUUUCUCUCUCCAGCCUCCUUUCCAAGCCUACCUCUACCCUGGUGUGGAAUCUACCCUAGGAUCCCAUCUAGUCCAGCCAUUGAGGGUUAGGGUACAAGAGUCACUGCCGGCUUUUUCCAGUCUAGUCUUAAGUGUGCCAAGUGAUGGUACUUUCCUCCUGUUUUCUAUGUCCACUUCUAGGCCCAGAGUCCAGUCUAGGGUAUGACUGUGUUUGCUGUUCCAGAAUCCAAUGGUGUGGGACCUGGGUGGAGAGGAGGGCUUGCCCAUUGUGUCAGAGGAAUUAUCUGCACAGCUGUUGAAGUGUCCCGAUACAAUGAGCCACAGGAAACAAGUGGCUCCAUCUUCCUCCAUUUCCCAGAGAGCCCAUUCCCCAGCUGAGUAGAUCUCACUGCCAGGGAGAUUACCAGAGUCUGAACCUAAGAGUUUCCUAUCUUAACAUCCCCCUCUCUAUGCCUAUUUCUGUUCCUAGCUCCCCUCCCAGCUUGGUGUUUGGACCUGUCAAAGACCCGUAGAUAGCUGAGUUCAGCUGUACAUGUGUGAAGAAGAGAUGCUGGGGUCCUUGCUGCAGCUGUGGGCUCUGCUGCAGACAGAUUGUAGGGGAGGCACUGCCAGAAAGGACCUCUCCUAGCCCUCUAAGAGAAGCUGCAACCUGCUCUGUCUCACACACUCCUCAUUCAACUGCUAAAACGUGUGAGAGAAGAAAGGGAUGAAAAGAGACACCCCCCCACCCCAUCCUGCUCCGGUUUGCAGGCGCAAGCCUGCACUACAUCCUUUCCCACAGCAGAUGAAGCCACAGAGGCCAAGUGGCUAUGCCAUUCCCCUAGGUAUCUGGCACUUAGAUACACCUGUGUUACAUGCCGCCUCUUCGCACUAUCACAAUCCCAGAACUCAGAUGGGGAAACCCUGUCUCCAAAGCAGCUUGCGCCAUCCAAGGGACUUGUAGCCACCCCCACCUAAUGAGCCGCAAAGCCAUUCACAUACUUGCUAGUAACUGCCACCCUGCAGGUGGGCUGGGCACACAUGCUGCUGUGAGCUGGGUGGGGAAGAUAGAGGGGGUAGGCCCUUGCCAAAGACAAGUGCACACCGCCGCGUCAUUGGUCUGAGGGGGGCAAGGUGAGACCCUCAGUCAGCCUCCAUGCUCCUUUCCCUUGAGCUGGGAUGUGUGCCAGGAACUGGCAGUUUCACCCCGCGCUGGCUGCCGCCACCCUUUCUUGCACUGCAGUUGCAGGACAGGGCUUUGGGAAGCAGCUGGUUUCCAUGCCCCCCCCCCAUCUAUGAAUCUCCAAUAACAGCCUUCUUCCCUCUGAGUUCUGCUUCUCUGCCCUCCUCUGUUCCUGACACAUUCCCAGCAUCCCUGUGCAGGGCUGUGCACAGCCUCGGCUCCCAGCACCGACAGGUGAGCCAAGGCUGGGUGUGAUUGGGGCCAGCAGUCAAUGCCCUGGGAAGGUUGGAUCUGUGCAUCUGGCUCUUCCCACCUGUGUUGCUGGCUCUGCUGCACAGUGACUGAAGGCAGUGGUGCAGUUGAGCUGCCUGAGCCUUCGUGAGCAGCCGGGACGUCAGCCCCCCCCCCCCCAAGGGAAGGCAGCAGGGACGGCCCAGGCGCCACUCAGGCUGGAGCUGUCACGCGGAUGAAAAAUGGGACUUGAUGUGGCAAAUGUAAUGCGAAUGGAGGGAACCUUCAUUUUCCUCUAAAUGUUCUUUAGCAAAUGUUGAUUUUUUUCAGUGGAAAUGGAAUUACCAAAAAAACGGCCGAGAAUGGAAAGAAUUCAGCUGAAAACCACAAUAUUUGACUUGGGAAUGCUGGUGUGGUGCCCCACGGGAGCUGGAGUUCAGGUGGCUUGUGCUCCCACUCACCUUUGUAGGGUGGACUCUUGAGUUUGACUGUGUCUCCCACAGUGCACUGUGGUCUUCCUCUUGGGAAGGGCAGGCAGUGAAUCAUGGUAGCCUCUGGCCAUGGUGCAGCGUGGGAGCUGGCGUUUGGCUGGGUGAGCCUGGGCCACAGAGGAAAAUGGGGAUGAGGCACCAAACUACAACUAAGAGGCACUGCAACAGCAUCUCCCAGUUUUCAGUUGGGGGGGGGGUUAAUUAAAAUCUCUACAUUUUCCAGAGCAAUGCAGAUUCUUUCUUUCAAAAAAAUUGUUUUGUUGAAAAUCCAAGAUUCUGUGGAAAACAGUUUUGUCAGCAAAUGUUCCACCGGUCCCAGUGGCCCUUCAUAUAUAUAUAUAUAUAUAUAUAUAUAUAUACCCCUUAUGCCUUUAUUUACUACACCUUAGAAAAUCCAAUCAGCAUGCUCAGGGUUAUUUUGCAUUAUCAGCCCCGAGCAGAAUAAUGCCCACGCUGGAAACAUGGGGCAUCUUAUCUUCUACUUGAGCAAGUCCUGUCCCUGCAACACUGUGUCGCUCUACUGCGCUGCUGGAAAGAGCAACAAAUACACUGGCUUCAUGUGGUUGUUAUGAAAUCGUAAAACUAUGAAAACGCUUAAAGGGCAGGAUGUGACAUCUUUCUUGAUGGCACUGUCCCAACCAGCAUAUGUAAAUAUUGAGUGAGACACAAGCACACCUCAGAACAUUACAGAUUUUGCUAAAAGGAUCUGAGUAACGGUGAGAUGCCCCAUUUGCAUAGUUUGAAAUCUUAGUAUGCUGUAUCAAUCUGACCUGCACCAGUCCACCACAGAAAAGUCAAAUAUACUAUUUUAAUGACUACAUUUCGUUUAUUUCUAUUUUUGCAACACUUCUAAAAACAAAUCGUGAUAUUCAUGCCUGUUAAAAAGAAAUGCUUAACAA